AUGGACCUCCAGGACCAUACAUAUUUAUACAUGUAUUCAGAGGGAGAAAGGUUGAUAUGCUCGCAUCCGGAGACUUUUGAAAGCAUCGAAAUCAGCGACUCUUUGGUUGAUAAAAAGGCCAUUCCCUUCUUGGAGGUCUUGUAUGUACAGUUUCGGGUCUUGAGGAAGUAUCGCAAGGGUAAAAUGCGCGUACCGCUUAACUUUAGCUUGAUUGCGACGCUUGCCUCCGGGGAAAAAAUACUCUGCCCUCCCGGCACUAAAGUUGGAAGCAAAUUGCUUGUUGAUCCUGCCUCAAGGCAAUUCUCAACAUCGGAUUCGAUAACCGAUGAGCUUGCCAGGGUAAAUUUGAUUGACUAUCCAUCCGAGCCCGAGGAUGGCCAAACAGACCCUUCAUGUUGUCUCAAAGAAGCCAGAAGAUAUGGCAUAGAAUUCAAUGAUGCUGAUGAGUAUGAUUAUCUGCAGCAUAUGAUGCCGAUUGUACCAGAUGCAGGAUUUUUUGACAAUCCGAAUUACCUGCUUAAGGAUGUUGAGCAAAAAUCGAAUCAAGACGUCAUUGAGAUUCUUCGAGAACUCGAUUGUUUUGAUAGCGUCGACAAAAACGAUCAUAGACCUGCACAGACCGCAAAUUGUGAGGUUGUUCUUUCCCAGCUUUUAAGAGCAACAAAGGAGCACGAUGAUGACCCUCUAGCCUCCAAUCUUGAGGAUUUAGAGCCAUUCCCGUCGUCUUCUGUAAACGAGGACGAGUUCAACAAGGUACCGCGUCUCGAACAAAUUUGA